UUCAAUUUCGCAUGGCGGACGUGCAAGUGGGUGCUGUUAUUUGUUAGUGAUAAUUUUCAAUAAUUUAACUCAUUGUGGUUCCUUAUGGAAAGAGUAAUUCUAAUGCUUGUAUUUCUUUGUGGUCGUGCAUUAUUUAUUCCUUAACGGUUGAUGAUGUUAUAUAGUUGUUUAUAGUUUUAUUGUGUGAACUGCAUACCAUUUUUCAUAAAAAUGGGAAAAUGUGACGAAGCUAAUGUCGAAGUUAGUAUGGGGGACUCAGCGUCCCCCAUGAAACCGGAUAAUUUCACCUUUACGGUGCCCCCUGAGGCUCCUGUCUUCGAGCCUACCCCAGAGGAGUUCCUGGAUCCUCUGGCAUACAUCAGUAAAAUAAGGCCAAUCGCCGAGAAGUCAGGGAUCUGCAAGAUAAAACCACCAGCGCACUGGCAGCCGCCAUUCGCGGUGGACGUAGACCGACUCCGGUUCACGCCUCGUAUCCAGCGCCUCAACGAGUUGGAGGCCAUCACCCGGGUCAAGUUAAACUUCCUGGACCAAAUCAUCAAGUUCUGGGAGCUGCAGGGCUCCGUGCUGAAGAUCCCCACUGUCGAGAGGAAGCCCCUCGACCUUUAUGCAUUGCACAAGAUCGUUCGUGAAGCUGGCGGCUUCGAAGUCUGCUCCGCGGAGCGCAAAUGGUCGAAGAUCGCGCGUCGCAUGGGCCACCCCCAGGGCAAAGGAAUCGGCUCCAUCCUCAAGAGCCACUACGAACGCAUCCUCUAUCCUUACGACGUGUUCAAGAGCAGCGGCGUAUCUGGCGACAAUAAGGAGACUAAAAUUGAAGUAAAAACGGAGCAGACGCCCGAGAAGGCCAACAGCACGGGCCGCAGCCGCUCCGCCAGCAAGGGCCCGCCGGCCGCCGCCACGCCGCCGCCGGCGCGCCGCUACGAGCCCGCCCAGCCUGAAGGCGCCACGCCGCCUGCGCCGCCUGCCCCCCGCACGCCCGUCAAGCAGGAGCCGCCCGCGCAGGAUACUAGGAGGAGUCCCCGCGAGAACAAAUGGAUGUCAGCGGCGGGGUCUUGCGGCGGGCGCGCGCGUGUGACCCGCUCCACGCGUCUGCGCGAACACCGCAUGUCCAACAUGACGGUGUCUGUUACGCCCGCGCCUAAUGCGCCACAUCUGCCUCAUCCUGACGACCCGCUCGCCAAAUACAUGUGCCACGUUUGCGGGCGCGGCGACAUCGAGGAGCAAAUGCUGCUGUGCGACGGCUGCGACGACUCCUACCACACCUUCUGCCUCGUGCCGCCGCUGGCCGACGUGCCCAAGGGCGACUGGCGGUGCCCCGUGUGCCUGGCCGAGGAGGUAUCGAAGCCGGCGGAGGCGUUCGGCUUCGAACAAGCGUCGCGGGAAUACACGCUGCAGCAGUUCGGAGAAAUGGCUGACCAGUUCAAAUCUGAUUACUUCAACAUGCCCGUACACAUGGUGCCCACGUCGACGGUGGAGAAAGAGUUUUGGCGCGUGGUGUCGUCCAUCGACGAGGACGUCACUGUCGAGUACGGCGCCGAUCUGCACUCCAUGGACCAUGGAUCUGGCUUCCCGACCAAGUCGAGCGCUCACCUGUACCCGGGCGAGCAACAGUACGCGGAGUGCAGCUGGAACCUCAACAACCUGCCCGUGCUCGAGGGCUCGGUACUCGGCCACAUCAACGCCGACAUCUCUGGGAUGAAGGUCCCCUGGUUAUACGUGGGCAUGUGCUUCGCGACGUUCUGCUGGCACAACGAGGACCACUGGAGCUACUCCAUCAACUACUUGCACUGGGGAGAACCGAAGACCUGGUACGGAGUUCCAAGCUCGAAGGCGGAGCAGUUCGAGGCCGCUAUGAAGUCGGAGGCGCCCGAGCUGUUCCAGCUGCAGCCGGACCUGCUGCACCAGCUCGUCACCAUCAUGAACCCCAACGUGCUCAUGAAGGCGGGCGUGCCCGUGUUCAGAACGGACCAACACGCGGGCGAAUUCGUGAUCACGUUCCCGCGCGCGUAUCACGCGGGCUUCAAUCAAGGAUAUAACUUCGCGGAGGCCGUCAACUUCACGCCGGCUGACUGGCUAAAAAUGGGUCGCGAGUGCAUCGCGCACUACUCCACGCUCCGUCGCUACUGCGUGUUCUCCCACGACGAGUUAGUGUGCAAGAUGGCGCUGGAAGCCAACGCCCUCAGCGUCACCGUGGCUCUGGCCGCCUACAGGGACAUGCGGACCAUGCUGCACGACGAGCGGAAGCUGCGGAAGGGACUGCUCGACUGGGGCGUAACGGAAGCGGAGCGCGAGGCCUUCGAGUUGUUACCAGACGACGAGCGGCAGUGCCACCUGUGCAAGACCACGUGCUUCCUGUCGUGCGUGACGUGCUCGUGCACGCCGCACGUGGCGUGCCUGCGCCACUAUCAAGAGCUGUGUGACUGCGCGCCGCAUCUGCACAGACUGAGAUACCGCUACACCCUGGACGAGCUGCCAGCCAUGCUGGACAAGCUAAAGAAGAAGUCGGAACUGUUCCGGGAGUGGGCUGAAGCAGUUCAAAAUGCCCUGGACCCUGACACGCCCAAGACUUGCGACCUGGAUGGUCUAAGGGCGCACUUGAAGAAGGCUCACGAUCUGAAGAUGCACAAAACGGAUCUCGUCCGCGCGUUAGAAACGGCGAUCGAAGACGCUGAGAAGUGCGCCAGCGUCAUACAGCAGCUUGACCUCAACAAGAUGCGAACCCGCACCCGCCACCACGACCCGAAGUACCGCCUCACUAUUCACGAGCUGACGCUGUUCGCAGCCGAAAUUGACGGGCUGGCGUGUGUGUUGCCAGAAGGGUCGGCAGUGAAAGAGGUGCUCCGUCAGACGGCGGAGUUUGAAACGCGCGCCGCGGAGCUAUUGAAUCAGGACUUGGACAAGGUUGAUGCUUCCAGCGUUAGGGAGCUGGAAGAGGUGGUAGAACUAGGCUCGCGGCUGUGCAUCGUACUGCCGCAACUAGCUCCGCUGCAGGCUCGCUUGCAGCAAGCUCGCUUCCUGCAGGACGUCCAGACACACCGGGAGGACAGCUCGGGACUCACGCCCGAGGUCAUCGACAGGUUGUUAGAGGAUGCCUCCCGCGUGUUGCCUCAUCACCAAAUAGAGACUGAACGCGCUGCGCUAUGCAAACUCAAAGCCCAAGUAGAAGAGUGGGAGGAGCGCGCGCGUGCCCUCCUAAUCGACACGUCAAAAGCUCGCGACAGCUCGGGCUCCGCCCCUGGCGAGGGCGCGGGCUCCGACGGGAAUCCGCCCUACACCACGCUUGGGCAGUUGGCAGCAUUACUGGCAGCCGCAGAGCGUAUUGAUGCGGCGCUGCCUUCGCAUCACGCGUUGCACUCGGCUGCACAGCAUGCAAGGGAUUGGCUGGCAAAGGUGGAAGAGAUGCAGUCCAAAGACCUGUACCCAUACAUGCACAGCGUGGAGGCGCUAGUUCGUCGCGGGCAGCAGAUACCACUCGCUUUAUUCGAGAAGGACCAGCUGGCUUCCGCGUUGCAGUCUGCGCGGGAGUGGAAGCGAGGCGCGGCAGAGAUGUUUCUCAAGAAGAACUGGCCGUACUCUCUCCUCGAAGCGUUAUCACCGCGCACGGAAUCCGCCAGCGGAGCCCGACGCCGGUCCCGCCCGCCAGCCGCCGAGCCUCCGCCCUCCUCGCUCGAGGCCGGGCUGUUCCUGCGCCACUUCAGCGAGGACUCCACGCCCAGCGAGAUCGUGGGCGCCUUCAAGCAGGCCGAGAGCAGGGAGCUGGCCGCCAUCAAGCUGCUGCGAGCCAAGAACAUGCGCAAAGAAGUGCGCGCGGCGCCGACGCUCGGCGUGACGUACUGCGUGUGCCAGAAGCGCCAGUACGGCGUCAUGAGCCAGUGCGAGCUGUGCAAGGACUGGUUCCACGCGGCCUGCAUAGCGGCCAACAAAGAAGAGAGGGCGGAGUCCCCUGACCGAGUAGAGCUGCCCUUCCCGCGGCCCGAGCCCAAGUUCCUGUGCCCUGAUUGUACACGCACCAAGCGCCCGCGCCUUGAUAGAAUAUUGGCGUUGUUGGUGUGGCUACAAAAGCUGCCAGUGCGACUAGCAGAAGGCGAGGCGUUACAGUGCGUGACGGAGCGCGCCAUGGCGUGGCAGGAUGCUGCGCGUGCGCUUCUCGCUAGCCCAGCGCUUGCUGCCUUGCCCGCUCACGCUGAACGCCCGCAGACCAACAGAGAAAAAUCGGACAAACUAAAUGCAGAACUAAAGAAAGCUACAGGAAGAGCGCAUGAUGUAUCACAAAAUUCAAGAUCGUCGGCAUCAGUAGAGCACGCGUAUAGCGCAACACCGCGCUCGCCCGGCGCCCGCGUCGCUCCCGGCUUGCUCCACAAGCUCGAAGAACUUAUGCUGGAGGGAGACUUGCUGGAGGUUCGGUUAGAAGAGCAGGCGCAAGUAUGGGCUUGCGUUUGCGCCGCCCGCGGAGCGGAGACACGGCGCGCGCGCGUGGACGCCGGCCGCCGCAAGAGGGCGCAGCGCCCGCCCCGCCCCCACCACCAGCUCAAGAGGGGGAGAGCUGCGCACGCGCUCUCUCCGGCUGCCUCGCACGUGCCUCAUCCUACGACGGCACCAAAAACGACGUUAAAACGAGGCUCUGCCACGACAACGAAUUAUCUCAACAGAAAACAAGGCAUGUCGUCGGGCUCGGGCCUGAUGAUGCGCAAGCACUACAUGGCACGCCAAGAGCGCCGCAAGCGUGGCUUGGCGGCUUCUACACGCGGCAAGCACCCUCGUCAAGCCAGACUUGGCCAGCCACGCGGCGGUUCUCGCGCGGGCGCGGCGGCGCCUCGACGACGUAGCAGCAGCUCGUCGUCCUCCGCCGACGACGACGAAGACUGCGCCGCCGCCGACUGCUUGCGUCCUACCGGCAAAGAAGUAGACUGGGUGCAGUGCGACGGCGGCUGCGACCAGUGGUUCCACAUGCACUGCGUUGGGCUGAGUCGCGGCGCGCUGCGGGAAGACGACGACUACGUCUGCGGCUCCUGCGCGGCCCGCCCGCGACACUGAGUUGCGAUGCGGUGCGACCCGGCGCGUACGCAAGUGGGUUAGACUGGACUGUUGCGGAUGCUGUGGCGAUGGUUGAUUGUUGGUUGGGAUGUCGCAACUAUUGAUAGUGUAAAAAGUGGUAAUUUUAUUGAUAACUUGCGAUGAUAUUUUGAAAAUUAUAAAUAACUUGAAAAAAUCGAACUGCCUAAGGCGGGAAUUGAACCCACGACCUUCCAAUAGUUUGAGAUGCGACUCUUAACGCUAAAAAUUAAAUAACUAUUGCGAUAAUAUUGAUAGGAAACGCCGUCUACGUAGUUUCGGGUCUAUCUGUCACUGUCGCUCAUGCUGGCAUCUCGCUUUGCGCAAGAAGGAUGACAACAUUCGAAACUUCGGAUAACGUUUUCGGAGUAUCCCCGCAGCUCCCCUCUACAACAACUAAGUAAUAUUUAUAACAGAUUCAAUUCUGCGAUGGUUCUGCCGGUAUUCCCUCGAGUAAGACGGAGUUAAAGAGCCUCUGAAGGACCUUCAGUUGUUUGAAAGCCAUCCUAAUCUCGUAUAGGCUGAUGUCCGGGAUAUCUUCGGUAUAAUGUCAAAUUUUCUAUCACUUCUGGGUGUAUCUUAUGUGGGAGGGAAUAAGUUACGUUUAGAAAAAGGAUAUGAUGUGAUUUUGGAAUUAUGCACAAAUCAUUGAGUUACUCUAUCUAGUGAGGCACUAAGGGAAAUAAUAUCGAUAACUUAACGAUUUUCAUACUUAAAUGCUAUCAAUACUGCUAGUUAUUAUGUGUAUUACCACAUUUUGCACUAUCGAUACUUCAUUCGAUAUUCUGACAAUAGUUAAUCGAUUGUAAUCUAUCGAGCAGCAUCUUUACCCGUUGUCUUUAUUACACGCAGCGAUACCGUUGUGAAAUCUCACGGCUACUGACAAUUUAAUGAAUUGUAUUAUCGACGGUGAAGUGCCAAUACCUUCUAACCGAUAAUAUAUUUAAAAUAUUUUUAAGUAUAUUAUUUUGGUAUGGACUCUGCGUGAUACUAAAUUAUCGAUUUAAAAGAGUAUUUACUUAACACAUUGUGUACUAGCUUUGUAAAGAAAAAAUGGGAGUAUAACAUUUUUGCUUAGUACAGAAAAAAGUUCAUUAAUUUAGAUUAAGAAUCAAGAAGAUCAAGAAGGUCUCUUCUACACCCAAGUUAAUGGGCCAAAUGUUAUUCUACCAUUUUUUCAAUAAACCAAAUCAAAGUCGAAACUUUAUAAGUUCUUGUUGCGCAUAUCACAUGACAACAUCACCACAGGAU